CCGAAACCUCUAAAAUCAAGACAGGUACAGCCUCGAGGAAAGCAUGCCCGAUUUCAAGAGACAACUAUAGCUUUCCAGCUAAAAGGGAACAACCGGCCGAAGGAGAGCAGAGUACCCUGCCUGCCUCCGGACCCCGUAUCCCCACCCGUUCCACGUAAGCGACCAGCAUGGCUUGAAGGAGAAACUUCAAGAAGAGUGAAGGUUCUAACUGACCUUAGCAGAGGAGAAAUGAAAAAAAAAAAAAAGUUAAGGUCACAAAGUGCUUCUCCAACCCAUUAUGCAGACAAAGUUGAGAAGGCAGUACGGGAGCGCUUAGAGCCACUAACAUAUAGGACACAGCAGGUUGCAGCAAAUGCAGAUAUUCUGAGUGAAAAGCUAUUGGAUGAUAUUUUGGAAGAUACUGCUCAGGAACUGUGGAGUAUAAAGCAGCGUGAGAGACUCCAGACCGAGGCUCUGCUUAUGGCUGACACUCAUAGUCUGGAGUCCAUGUUGCAAAGAAUGGAAGAAAUUGAAAGAUACCAGGAGGAUGUACGCAGGAGAUUCACCCAGAUUGUGUACGGUGAUUUGGAGUUCUGGGCCCAGGAAAACAAAAUGGAACAACAAACUAUAUCAAUAGCUGAAAGUCCUACAUCUCCUCAUCCAAUUCAGAGAACUAAAUUAAUCGGAUGCAUAGAGCCAGAAACAGAUAUUUUAUUUGAAAAACCUUUUGAUGGCAAUGAUCUUGAUGAAAACAAAGAAGCAGAGGAGAAAUUUCAGACCAGAAAUGACCUUCUGCAACCCUUGACUCGGAAUUCCCUGCAGAAGGAGUGCUAUGUGUCUGUCUCUGUGCCGACGCAUAUGCUGCAGAGCAUCUUGGAUUAUAACAGCAGAUACAAGCAUCACUUAAAGCUUAUUUCCCAUGAGGUGGUAGGCAGUUUCAAUCCAUGGCAGAUUGCUGAGAGUUUCGCAGAGCAACUAACAGAAGAAGCCCUGUGUGAUGUGGCAGCAGAGCUGCAAGAUGUUUGUGAGGAUUAUGCAGAAGCUGUGUUCACAUCGGAGUUUUUGCAGCCAGCGCAGUAA